AGUUACAUCUACAGAUGUAUCUGUUGUGGGCACCAAGCCUUCUGCUUUAUUCUGCAAAGAGGGAAUAGGUUUAUUAGGAAUGAUAUGACAGUCGUCUUGGGGUUAAAAUGUAAAGUCCAGGUGUUAUCUUUAUGUGGGAUCGGGAGGAAGGAAGGCAGGUGAACUUAAUAACUUUACAUGUGGUCGGACGUAGCUUUUGCUCACAGCAGACCGAGGCAAACUUUGUCACUUGGACACUCUGAUAGAGAAUUAAAUCAUGGCUACACGCCACUGGAUUCUCUUCAUGUGUUUUGUGCUGAAUAUCUGCCACUGUGCCGUCGCAUUUGGGCGUGUUGCCUGCAUCAUUCCACUAGAGAAUAAAUGUGACUUUGUUUGCGAAUGCAGUGACUGCAGCGAUGAGAAGGACUGUGGUUACAAAGCACCGGAAUAUGUGUGUGAUUUUGAGCAUGAGGGAAUGUGUGGAUGGACUGCCGGGUCGGAUGAAGGUGGGUACGUGUGGCAGAGACAGCAGAGAGGAAAGACUCUUCCUGACAGCGGCCCGUCUUCUGACUACACUAUAGGCACCUCAACAGGAUGGUUUAUGGGAGUGACUGCUGUAUCUUCAAACUCUUCCAGGACUGCUGUGCUCAUGUCCCCCAAGAUGAAACAUUCAUCCCCCACCUGUCGCAUUCGGCUUGGUUACUUCAUCUGGGAUGCAGGUCACACAGGCCUCGGUGACGCCCCUCUUUGGGUAUCGUUGAGGAACGCUGAUGGUGUGGAGGCUGUGGUUUGGAGGCCUGAAGGUAUCAGUGUCCGUGGCUGGAGGGAGGACACUAUCUACUUGGGACGUAUUCCGGGUUCUUUCAAUAUCCAUAUUCAUUCCAGACGCUCAAAGGGGAAGCAAGGGGAUGUGUCCAUCGAUCAGCUGGAAUUUUUGGACUGUGCCCCGCCAUCUGCAAGUGAAUCAUGCAGUCCUGGUUUCAUGAAGUGUAAGCAGGGCGGAUGUGUGGAGGACUUUAAGGUGUGUGACAGUACGGAUGACUGUGGUGAUGGAACAGAUGAAGAAAACUGUGAGGAGUACAUGAGCUGUAACUUCGAGGAUGGCCUUUGUGGGUGGGACCUAAGAACAAUAUCAUCCCUGCUGUGGACAAGGACCAAUCAAAUGAAUAUAUCACUGUCUGAGCCUCAUAAAGGACCUGGGAGAGACCACUCAAACAAUACAGUGGCGGGUCACUUCUUGUACGUAACCAAGCAGGACGUACCAAAGAGUGAUUGGGCAUCUUUUCAAAGUCCUCCCCUGGCACCAACCAACGACACGCAUCCAUGUCGGAUGGUAAUGUACACACAUCAGUUUGGCCGUGUGUCCGGUGGGCUGUCAGUGUUGGUGGCGGAGAAAAAGAUCUACCCCGUUUGGGAGCGUGGAGGUUCUCUUGGGGAUCUCUGGGUAAAGGCAGAGGUGGAACUUGUAGUCAACAGCACAUUCCAGAUUCUGUUUGUGGCUGCCAUACGAGACCAGGAUUACGGAGGGAUUGCUAUUGAUGACAUUGUAUUGUCCCCUGAAUGCCGCUUGACCAAUGAGUCAAUGCCAAAGCCAGAAUUUCCAAAGUCUCCCCCUCAUCCCUGCACAGAGGACAGCAAAAUCUGUGACUUUGCUAUAGAUUGUUUGAAAGGAGAAGAUGAAGCUCAGUGUGGGGACUUCUCAUAUGAAAACGGCAGCUCUGGUUGGACAGAUACCAGCAUAGGAAGUCAGGCCUGGGAUCUAAACCUCAAGUAUAAUGACUCGAGCAAUGAGACAUUCCUGUUUGUGACUUCCGCUCCUGGGCAGCAGCUAACAGAAGCCCAAACUCGUACUCCUCUCCUGGGCCCAUCAGGUCCAUCAUGCACCCUUCAGUUCUCUUACAGUCUUACUGGCAGUAAUCCACACAUAGGUGAGCUGUCAGUGUAUGUUGUAGACAGUGUGUUAGGGACUCAGCCUGUUCUGUGGGAAGUUGCGGGGAGGACCAAUGAGACGGCAGGGAUUUGGCUAAAACAGGAAGUUUAUGUUGGCGCCAGGGAACAUCGUUUUCAGUUGGAGUUGCGGGCUCGCGCUGAAAAGCUCAGCUCGGGUUCGCAGAUCGCAGUGAAGGACGUUCACUAUGUCAACUGUUAUCGUGACUUCAUUCCCUCCAGUGAUCUGUCGUGCAAUUUUGAGGUGAAUUUGUGCGGGUGGUACCAGGACCAAACAGAUAAUUAUGACUGGAGUCUCAUCAGUGGAAUGGAUCAUACCGUCUAUGAUGGUAGGAGUCUGGUGGUGGACAUGUGGAACAGUACUCUGCGAGGUCUUUAUGGGCGUCUUCUUUCUGUUAGACAGGAGGCCGUCAAAACUGAACAUUGCCUCUCCUUCUUCUACAAACUUUAUGGACCAGACACAGGUGAUCUCGCUGUAAAGUUGUUAUUUCCGGAUGGCACAGAAGACCUGCUAUGGAUGCGCAGUGGUGCUCAUGGCAAUGUCUGGCAUGAGGGUCAUUGCAUUGUCCCUCCUCAGCUCACUGCCUUCCAGCUGGUAUUUGAGUCCAUACGCUCUGGUUUUGAUGGUCAGCUGGCUAUAGAUGACGUGGCUUUCGUGACAGGGUCGUGUUCUUUGCCCACCAUGUGCUCAUUUGAGAGUCAAACGUGUGGUUACACCAGUUCUGGAAGAGUCAGAUGGGUCCACCAAAAUCAUGCAUCAAGUGGAACCGGACCAGAAAUCGAUCACAGCCUGGAGACGAAUAAGGGUUUCUAUAUGUUGGCACACAGUGGUGUGGAUGUUCUUCCCCAGGGCAGUGAGAUGACUUUGACCUCACCUGAGCGCAUAGGUUUAGGUCACACUGAAUGUGUACACUUCUGGUACCACACAGGAGGAAAGAAUCCAGGCACUCUUAAUGUGUAUGUGAAACCGUCCAAGGGAGACAGGAUCAUGUUGUUUUCCAGCACUAUCGGGCAGGGGGAUACAUGGCGUCACGGCCAGGGCAAUAUCAGUUUAAAUGGGAACUGGCAGCUGCAGUUUGAGGUGGUGGGAGGAGGCGGACUAGACACUUUUAUUGCCAUCGAUGACAUCACAUACUCGACACACAGCUGUCCUACAGCAGACAGCGUCUGUGAUUUCGAAAGAGGUCAAUGUGGUUGGUCCAACACUCAGAACUCAUCUGUGGAUUGGUUAGAUUGGGAGCUGACCAAUGUGCAAGCUGAAAUGAUCUACAGUACACCACCAUAUGAUCACACAUCAAAUACAGAUGAAGGGUACUUCCUGUUCCUUCCCAACUCCAUGCGUGACACUGCUAUGCAGAAUGCCUGGCUGUUGAGUCCUCAUCUGCCAAAAACCAAAGCAACCUGUCUGAGCUUUUGGGCUUAUCAGCCAACAAUGUAUGACAGUAAACUUAUUGUGUGGAGGCUGUCUGAAGACACCAGACAGGAAUUGCUGACCCUGGAUGAGGGUGCUGGAAGCUGGAAAUAUUUCAGUGUAAACAUCACCUCAGAAACCGAGUACCAGAUUGUAUUUGAGGGAUUUAAAGGAGAGAAAGGUGUACUGGCCCUGGAUGACAUUCAGUACAUGGUUGGAGCAAACUGCGGUGAAAAGAAAGACCCAACCUCACCAUCUUCCGGCAACACUGGAGCAAUAGUGGCAUCAGUCAUAGUCGUAAUUCUUCUCUUGGUCAUUCUCUCUGGCUUACUGUUGUUCUACCUAAAAGCCAAACAGAGAGCAAGUGCUUUACAGGCCUCAAACCCAUCUGAAGUCACCUUCACUGGCUUUGGCAAUGACCUGUAUGAAACAGAUCAGUGAACCUGUGGCAGCUGUUAAUACAGUAGCAUAAGAGACCUUGUUAAUGUGAUUGUGCCACUUACUGGCAGCAUUCGGGCAAAACGGGCAACAUCACAGCAGAAGAACUGCUUGUGUCGCCAUGGCAGGACUAGCCCGGUCAUCAAAUGUACACAGCUCCUUGUUUAUAAUUCAGUCAGCAUAAUGCCUUUCUAUAGGUUCCUAUUAAUGGCUUUAUGAUUAAUAAUAGUAUUUCAAAAGUAUAGUGGAAUGCUUGUUCAUACAAGUAGUCUCAUCCAAAUUUAUUUAGAGUCUAAUUUAAUAUAUGAUC